GGGUUUUUCUCUGCCUGCUCUCACAGUUGUCGCUGGUGUUCCUGAGAAGCUUUGCAAAGUAGCAUGUGUUACUUCAGAAAACAGGAAUGGUGUCUGGUCCUGGAACUGCUACUCCUGCCUGUGAUAUCGGGACUUCAAGAUCAUUCAGAACUAGAGAUAAAUGCUAAAACCGGCAGCAACAUAACCCUGCAAUUCUUCGAGAAACCACUUGGAACCUACACACACAUCACCUGGCUUUAUACUACCAAACAGAAGAUUUUAGAAUAUGCAUAUAAGGGUACAGAGACAACCUAUGCUGGUUAUCGGGGCAGGGUCAACCUUGACAAUAUAACUGGUGCACUUCAAAUCUACAAUAUCCAGAAAGAAGACAAAGGUGACUACUACAUGAGAGUGUUGAAGAAAAGUGAGGAAGAAUACAAGAAAAUCUUGAAUGUAUUUGAUCCUGUGUCCCAGCCUACCAUAAAAAUUGAGAAGACUGAAAAUUUGCCUGACUCUUGUCACCUGAUACUGUCCUGCAAGGGAGAGCAACAGAAUGUUACAUACACUUGGUUUGAUGACUCGGGGCUUCUUCCCCAAAAUGAGGAAGCAGAUGUGCUGGAAAGAAUCAUCACUCCAAAGAACAAGUCUACAUUUUAUACCUGCCAAGUCAGCAACCCUAUAAGCAGGAAAAAUGACACCAUGUACUUCACUCCGCCUUGUACUCUGGCAAGAUCCUCUGGAGAACGUUGGAUUGCAACUUGGCUGGUCAUCAUGGCACCCAUCAUUCAUACCUUCCUGUUGACGUGAGAUGAACUCUUCUCACUUGAGAAUGAAACUUCGAGGCCACUGGAUCCUGUCUUUAUCAUCUGGAAAGCAGCUCUAACUCUAUGGGACAGAAGAAAUUGUGUUGUUGAACAUUUGUGAUGGUUUGCAUUUUCUUACCAUCCUAGAGUUAAGUACAGGGCCUUCUGCAUGCUCCAAAAAUGCUGAGCCACUGACCUAUGUGCCAAUCCCUUUACAAAGAUUUUUUUAGUAAUCUUUUAAAAGUUGUGGUUAAUAUCUAAUUUUGUAUACCCCAUUUGUUUUCCAAGAGUCAUUAAAGAUAAAUGCGUUAUUUUCACCAAAAUACAUAACUACAUUAUGCUAAUGGUUUUUCUUUUUUAAAAUUGAUUCUUUUCUCAAACAAUAUAUCUUAAUUAGUUUCCUCUCCCUUUAAUUCUCCCAGUUUGACACUACUUCUAAUAGGUAACAACAAAACAUAACAAAAUAAAAUAUAAUAAGCUAAAACAAAAACCAUCACAUCAAAGUUGGACAAGGCGGGCUGGAGAGAUGGCUCAGUGGUUAAGAGCAUUGCCUGCUCUUCCAAAGGUCCUGAGUUCAAUUCCCGGCAACCACAUGGUGGCUCACAACCAUCUGUAAUGAGAUCUGGCGCCUUCUUCUGGCCUGCAGACAUACACACAGACAGAAUACUGUAUACAUAAUAAAUAAAUAUUUAAAAAAAAAAAAACAAAAAAACAAAGUUGGACAAGGCAAUUCAAAAAAAGGAAAAGUGCCCAAGAAUCAGAGACCCACUCAUUCAAAUACCCAGAAGUCCCAUAAAAAUGUUAAACUAAAGCUAUAAUGUAUAUGCAAAGGACCUGAUACAGAGCUGUGUGGGCCCUGUACUUGCUGCUUCAGUCUCUCUAAGUUCAUAAUGACCUUGCUCAGUUAAUUUAGAGAGACUUGUUCUCCUGGUGUCCUCCAUCCUCUCUGGCUUUUAGUCUUUCCACCUCCACUUCCACAGGGUACCCUUAGCCCUGGGGGAGGGAUAUGAUGGAGACAUCUCAUUCAGAGCUAUAUAUCACUCUCUCUCUCUCUCUGUCUCUGUCUCUAUCCUUCCCUCCCUCUACCCCCCCUUCAUAAUGUCUGGCUGUGGGAUUAUGUAUUUGUUCCCAUCUAUUGCAGCAGGAAGUUUCUCUGAUGGCUGAAUAAGGCACUAAUCUAUGAGUGUAGCAGAAUACCAAUAGGUAUUUUAUUUUACCCUUUUCUUUUUGUUUAGACCAGUAGUAUUUGGUUUUACCAUAGGUCACCCAAGCAGUGUCAGGUUCAUCUCAUGGAGUGAGCUUUAAGUCAAAUCAGACAUUGGUUGGCUAUUCCUGCAAUCUUUGUGCCCACCAUUGCCCUAGCAUAUUUUACAGGCAGGACAAAUUGUAAGUCAAAGGUUUUGUAGCUGGGUUGGUGUUUACAUUUCUCUUUGGGUAACCUGUAGAGUGCCUUCUUCUACCAAAGACUCUAAAAUGAUUGGGGUGAAGUUUCAACAUAGGUACCUGUUUGACAGCUCCAUGUUCAAUGUGUUGUGUGAGUGCUGUCUUCAGCACUAGAACCUUACUGGUUGGUUUGUGGGGAUCAACCUUGGUCAAAGCUUGGUAAAAGCCUGGGUUGUUUGGGUAUUUCCAUGCGACCUUUUUGGCCAACAACUCAAUUGGAUGUAACCCAGUUCAAGUACUGGAAGCUUCAUUUGAAGACAAGAGAUGGCCAAUUGGAAUUCUAUCUUGCUUAUAAUUUGGAGACUUCAUUAGAAUUAUCUCCAUAUAGCUUAAGAAGGUUCCAGUGCACCAGCUUUUUAUACCACUCCUCAAAUACACCUUAAUUCCACCUGAUUCUCCCUACAUUCUUUCUCUCAAUCCUAUUUCCCCUACACCUCCCCACAUGACCCUCCUGUUCCUGUCCUCCAUCUCCCAGUCUACCCAUAAAAUUUAUUCUAUUUCUCCCUCCCAGGGAAAUCUAUGUGUCUCCUUCUCAAGCCCUUCCUCUAUACCUAACUUCUCCAAGUCUUUGGACUGUAGUUUGGUUCUCAUUUUUUUUAAAGACUAAUAUCUACAUAUAAGUGAAUACAUACCAUAUUUAUCUUUCUGGGUCUGGGUUACCUUACUCAGACUGAUUUUUUUUCUAGUUCCACCCAUUUGCCUGCAAAUUUAGUGAUAUCAUUAGACUUGUCAUUUUUAACAGAUGAAUAAUAUUCCAUCAUGUAAAUGUACCACAUUUUCUUUAUCCAUUCUUAAGUUGAGGGACAUCUAGUUUGCUUCCAAUUUUUGGAUAUUUUGAAUAGAAAAACAAUGAACAUGGUUUUGAGCAAGUGUCCUUGUGAUAGGAAGAAGUGAACUUUGAAUAUAUGACCAAGAAUGGUAUAGCUGGAUCUUGAGGCAGAUCAGUUCCUAUCUUCAUGAGGAACUGUCAUAUUGACUUCCAUAGUGGCUACACAAGUUUGCACUUCCAACAGCAUUGGAGGAGUGUUCCCCUUACUCCACAUUCUUGCCAGCAUGAGCUGAUUUGUGUUAUUGAUCUUAACCAUUCUGAUGAUAGGUAUAAGAUGGAAUCUCAAAGUAGUUUUGAUUUGCAUUUCCCAGAUGACUAAGGGUGUUGAACAAUUAUUUAAGUGAUUCUCAGACAUUUGAGUUCCCUAUAUUAAAAACAUUUCUGUUUAGAUCUGCACCCUAUUUUUAAUCAAACUAUUUGGGGUUUUGGUGUCUAGUUUCUUGAGUUCUUUACAUAUUUUGAGUAUUAGUCUGCUAUCAGAUUCAGAUUUGAUGAAAAAAUUUUCUCAUUCUGUAGGCUGCUACUUUUUCCAAAUGACAGGGUCCCUAGCCUUACAGAAGCUCUUCAGUUUCAUGAACUCCCAUUUAUUAAUUGUUGAUCAUAGUGCCUGUGCUAUCAGCAUCCAGUUGAAACUCUGUUCUUGGCCAAUGAGUUCAAUUCUAUUCCCCACUUUAUCUUCUUCCAUUCAGUAUAUCUAGCUUUAUGUUGAGGUCCUUGAUCAUUUUGGAGUUGAGUUUUGUGCAGGAUGAUAAGUCUGGGUCUCUUUGCAUUCUUCUGCAUGCAAACAUCCAGUUUAAUCAGAACCAUUUAUUCAAGAAGUUGUGUUUUUUUCCCAGUGUGUGUUUCUGGCUGCUUUAAUCAAAACCAAAUGUCCAUAGGUAUGUCAACGUCUGGGUCUUCAGUUCGAUUUCAUUUAUUCAUGUUUGUUUUUGUGCUGGUAUCAUGUGGUUUUUAGCUUUACAGUACAACUUGAAAUUGGUGAUGGUGAAAGUUCCCACAGUGCUUUUAUUAUUUAGGAUUGUUUUAGAAAUCCUGUUUGAUUUUUGUGUGUGUUCUCAUAUGAAGCUGAAAAUGGACAUUUCAAGGUCUUUAAAAAAUUAUGUUAGAAUUUCUAUGAGGAUUGCAUUGACUCUGUAGAUGGUGUCUAACAAGACAGACAUUUUUAUUAUAUUAAUCCUACCAAUCCAUGAGCAUGGGAUAUCUUUCCAUCUUCUAAUAUCUUCUUCAAUUUCUCUCUUCAAUGACUUGAAGGUUUUUUUUUAUUAUACAAGUCUUUCACUUGCUUGGUUAGAAUUAAGACAGAUAAACCUAGAGAGGAGGGGAAAUGGGGAAAAACUAGAAGGAGUAGUGGGAGGGGGAGCUAUAAUCAGGAUAUAUUGUAUGAGAAAAGAAAAGAAUCUAUUUUCAACAAAAGGAAAAAAUUAAAAGGAAAAUUACACAUUUCUUUUAGGUUUUCCAAUUUGGGAAAAUAUAGAUUUUUCAUAUAUGUCCUUAUGAUUUCCUCAGUAUCUGUUGUUAUGUCCUCUUUUCAUCUAUUUUUUUAUUGAAUUUUGUUGACCUCUCCAUUUUUCUGUGCUCCCCCCCCCCUGCCUCUCCCCUUCCCUUCAACCCUCUCCCAAGGUCCCCAUGAUUUACUCAGGAGAUCUUGUAUUUUUCUACUACCCAUGUAGAUGACAUCUAUGUAUGUCUUUCUUGGGGUACUCAUUGGUGUCUAGGUUCUCUGGGGUUGUGAUUUGUCAGCUGGUUUUCUUUGUUUUAUGUUUAAAAACCACUUAUAGUGAGUACAUGUGAUAAUUAUCUUUCUGGGUCUGGGUUACCUCACUCAAAAUGAUGUUUUCUAGACCCAUCCAUUUGCCUGCAAAAUUCAAGAUGUCAUUAUUUUUUUUUUCUGCUGUGUAGUACUCCAUUGUGUAAAUGUACCACAUUUUCCUUAUCCAUUCUUCAGCUGAGGGGACUUUAGGUUGUUUCCAGGUUCUGGCUAUGACAAACAAUGCUGCUAUGAACAUAACUGAGCACAUGUCUUCUGUAGGAAGUCUUACAGCCAGUGGUUCCCCACCCAUUGGGGCAUGGAAUCAUACUAUUUAUACCAAUGUACAGUGUGCGUCUGGCCUCUUUUCCAGCUGUGGGAUUCAGUUUCUGUUCUCCAUUCCAGCAGAGGAUUCUGACUUGUGAGUCUACCCCCCAAAUAAAUGUCUAUUUUUCUCA